CUGUCAAAAUGCAAGACACAUUAAAUGAGAACAUUCUGUGCCCGACGUUAGUGCAGAUCGCAACGGAAAACUGAAGCUCCAUAGCCAAAAAAAAACCGAAAGUGGUUAUAUACUCCGGAAUUUGUACGUCUUGUUUACUAUAUAUUUAUGAAUUGAUCAUAAUGGCCUUGACUUCGAGCUGGAGGCAACUUUGGCUUAUUUUGCUUUUGGCCGUGGGAAUCGCCUUGGGGCUUCCGAGCUUGGAAAAUCAUACGCACGAUCAAAUCGAACAGGUCAUAGCCUGCAGACAGCCCAAGGCACCUGGCUUGUGCCGAGGACGCCAAUUGCGAUAUGCGUACAACAAAAAGACGGGAAACUGUGAGAGCUUCUACUACACGGGCUGUGCCUCCACUGAGAAUAAUUUCCUGACCUACGAGGAGUGUCGCAGGGACUGCAUGCAACGUCUGCGCUACUGAAAAUCCGCUUAAACUAUGCUUAAUAUAUAUAUAUAUUUAUUGUUACAACAAAA